GGAGAAGAAUGUUCAUGCCCCCCCGGACAAUGUUCUUGUGCCAAUUGUCCCGCUAAAGAGAAGAAAGAUGCUUGCAGUUGCUCUGAAGGGUGUUCUUGCCCUCCUGGUCAAUGCGCAUGCGCCAACUGUCCGCACAAGGACAAAGCGAAAGGGUGCAGCUGUGGCGAGUCAUGUUCAUGCCCACCUGGAGAGUGUAAAUGUGCGAAUUGCCCCAAGAAAUCCGAACCUGCCAAAGCCUGCGCUUGCGGUGACGAAUGUUCUUGUCCUCCUGGACAGUGCGGAUGUGCGGAUUGUCCAGGGAAGACUUCAUCUUGA